GACGUGUGUGGUACUGAGUUCGCUAGUAAAACUGCUUCAAAAACAAAAAAUUAAGCAAUUGGUGGAAAAAGUGUUGACUAAAAAACAACAAUUACAGCGCGUACAAAAGCAUAUGGAAUUUUUGGAAUGCGUGCGUGCCAUUUUGAAAACUGAAAUGUCAAUGUCAAUAAAAAGAAUACAAAAAACGGUGGAAAAAUCUUUUAACUUAACAUAAAUGAUAAAUACCAAGCAAAACGAUUUUCAAUAAAAACAUACAAGUUUGUGAGUGAAAAAAAAAAAAGCAAUCUGACCAAAAAACAACGCCCGACUAGAAAGAAAGCAAUUGUGUUGGUUGUUAACUCUGCAUGAAAAAUUAACGGUAACAAAAAAAAAAGCAAAAAACAUGCAUCCAGCAUCUGUGCCCAGCAAUCAGUAAUUGAACAGUGCAAAAGUGCAGCAUUCUUGAAGUGUUUAUGGCAGCUGCACAAAGCAGGGCAACAGGCUACAGAACACGUUGAAGAAUAAAACAAAAAAAAAAAAAAACAAAAACAAAAACAAAUAAGUCAGUGCAACGCUGCAAGUGGACCAUUUGCGUACGCAUCUGUAUUUCGUGCGUGCAUUAUGGUAUAUGGAAAUGCAUCAAUAACAACAGCAAUAAGAAGAUAUUAAGUACGCAUUACAACAACAAUAACAAGUGCUUGAAAAAUAAUCGUGCCGACCAAGCAAAAUCGCCUUAAAAGCCGCUCAACAAAAGUUGAUUACGCAGCGAAAAAAAAAACCAACAAAACAAAAAAAAAACAAGUGUUGAGUGCAAAGCAAAAUGGUGGCCAAAACAAGAAAAUCAUAAUUGGAAAAAAAAAUAAUUAUUAUAAAAAACAUAAUUAUCCGGCGCAUCUGCUUGAUAAUUUGCACUUGUGCUCUGGCUGCUGCUGCAACGCACUCCGCUACGGAUUUUGCAACAUCAAACGACCUUGUGGAUUAUAUAUUUACGUAAGCUGCAACAAUACACUGUCCGAUCGCUGUGCGAUUGACUUGUCACGCAAGCAAAACGAAAACGUGCAAGAACGCAUCUGCUGCUUGUUUGCUUGUGUGGCGUUGUUGGGGAAAUCGAACUUCGGAUUUAUUAUAGAUUUCUGUUUGCCGAUAUUUGCUAUUCAACAUACAACAUAAAAGAUGUUGAAACACGUACAAAUUUCACCGCUUCGUAAUCGUUCCGAUUCGGUUUCGUUGCGCUCAACCACCUCCUGCGCCUCUUCGAUAUGCGGUAGCCCGGAGCCGCCCACCGAUCUGCAGCGUACGCCUUCACGCGCAUCCAGUUACUCAAGUUUGAGUGAACAAUUACCGCAGACGACCAUAAAAGUUUUUACGAAUUGCUUGAAAAUCGAUAUCGAAUAUAAAACGCUCGGCAUACAAUGGGACACCACCAGCAAGGAGGUUAUUACACAGCUACUCCGACGCCUCAAAAUGCGUCAUCGCGAUCCACGCCUCUUCUAUCUCUCCAUGGAAGUAUCGGUGCGACGUGCUGGUGUUAAAACCCUUCUUGUGCUGGAUGAUGAUACUCGACCGGCUAUACUGCAAGCCUGUCAUCCGAAAGGCGAAUCGAGAUUUUGCCUACAACUGAAACCAGGUGGCCUCAUCCGUGUACACACCUCCGCUUUACAGCCUUCCUCACAGUAUAAGUCUCUGGUUAUCUCCGAGGAAACGACGUCCGACGAACUUCUCCAGCUACUGCUAUCCUGUUACAACUCGAUGGAACCCGUCGAACAGUUCUCCAUAUAUGAGGUCUGCCCCGGUCAGGAGUACCAACGCAAGCUGCAUCCCGACGACUUGCCGCUGCGUGCCCAAGCUGAGCGCAUGCGUCGUGGCGAAACCUGCCAUUUCCUCGUACGCCGCAAUCCGAACUAUGUACGUCGUCGGCAAUUGCUUGCUACGCUCAAUGGUCUCUCUAAUAACAAUGCAAACAACAAGAACAACAAGAACAACAACAACAACAAUAAGUCAUAUGAUGCUAACAGCACAGUUUCCUCACUAGAAGAUGAUGCCAGCUUACUAGACAUAUCCAUCGAAUCGCUAACAGACGAUCUGCAUAGCUUAAUGGCCAGUGAUGAGGACGAAGAUGGCGCCUCAUCCACAUCCGGUUCAUCGGACACAUCUUCAGAGAGCGGUUCGAGUGGCAUGCGCCGCACACCAUCCGCACUCUCAGUGGUGCCGGCAACGGCGGCGAGACUCAGAGUCGGCGAAGUGUGUCCAAAGUGUCGUAAUUCCUUUAAAUCAUGCGAAUUUUGUAAUAAAAAUUCAGCAAUGAUGCUACAACUGCAACGCUCCAAUAGCACGUCGAGCAGCAGUAGUUGUUCGACGACCAAGACGCUGCAAAUGCAUCUGCCCAGCUACAGUCCCGUCUACAAUAUACGCGAAAUACGUACCGCUUCGCAUAGCUUCUCUGCGCUGGGCAACGAUAAGAAGCUGCUAGACAUUCAGCUAAAUGGGCACUUCGACACGAGUGCUUGCACGCAGCUGCGACCUCAAAGCGUCUGCGUGACGCGUUCAACGCGCAUGCUCACCGAUGGCAAUGGAAAUAACAAUGGCAACCCGGCAGCGAGUGACUUGAAUGGCAAUAGCGGCGCAGCAAAUGCGAUUGUGGCGACGGUUGGUGGUGAGGUGGUUAACAACCAUCCAGCCAAAGGUUUGGGGCACUUUGUAUAUUUGUAGGCGAUGGGAGGCAGAAGUUCAAUGUUUAUUAUUAAAAUAGACUAGUCAGUUGUAGGGGGGGAAGAGUGUAGCUCCCGUUCGAGAAGCUAUCGAAAAAGGAAUGCGACUGUGCGAUGAAUUAGUUGAUAACAGUUUUGGAAAAAUUUAAAUGUAUUCUUUUGAUCUGAGAACUAAAACUGCGUUAGUCAACUACUUUUUAUCAGUGUUGCAAAUACUGCAUUACUUUAACUUCUAAAAUGAGCUUCAUUAUCGCAUAUAAAAAGAAGAAAUAAUUAUAAAUUGGGAUAUGCAUUAAUUUGUAAAACUCUAAAUUCUAGCGGGGCAAAUCCCUUGAUGUUGCAUACACUUGUAAAUAGUUACUUUACUUUUUAAACUAUAUUUUAGCUUUAUUUUAAUUAAGUCUGGAUUAUUACUCCGUGCGACAGUAAAUUUUA